AUGACCGUCGCAAGCACCAUCCAAGACACGGCCGAGAGCGUCAAGUCAGCCGUGGGUUUGGGCCAUGGCGGCCACUCCACUCCGAGCAAGCAAGCCUCCCGCGAGGAAAUGUCCGCCGCCAAACUGCCCCUCGCCUACCGCGACUCCUGCGCCGGCCUCUUGAUCCCACUGAACAAAUGCCGCAUGGACAACUACUAUUUGACCUGGAGAUGUCAGGACGAAAGACAUUCAUAUGAAAAAUGCCAAUACGAGGAAUUCAAACUGCGAGUGAAGAAGAUGGAUGAGAUUCGCGCGGAGAAAGGUGGUGCGAGAAGCAAUUGA